UGUGACGCUAGUCUCGCGUGAUGAGAUUUCCAGGGUUGAGAUUUUCUGAAAGACAGGAGGCGGAAGCUUACAGAUAUCAGCUGUGCAGAAGGUGCAAGUAGCGAUCCGGAGCUGUGGUCUGUGUUCGGAAAAACGGGAGCUGUGCAUUUACUUGGGUUAGAGGGUGAGCUAAUCCUCGUACGGUUUUACCUGGACCUGCGAUAACGCUAACUGUACAGAAAGAUGUGUAAAAUGCUGGCAACGUAGCAGCCGCCUUCACUUCCGAAUUGUAAACCUGACCUUAAUAAUCGAAAUACAGAUCUCACUUGUUCUGAGAUAUAAUGACCACCCUCGAUGACAAGCUACUGGGAGAAAAAGGGCAGUACUACUACAGCAGCAGCAGUGAUGACGAGGACAGUGAGCAAGAUAAAACAAUUAAGUGCCGUAGAGAACAGGAUGGUGGAAAAGAAGGAGGUGUUGUCAAUACAGGUCCCAAAGGGGUCAUAAAUGACUGGCGUCGUUAUAAGCAGCUUGAGACAGAACAAAGUGAGGAUCAAAGACGGGAAAUGCAACAGCUCAUAAAGAGGUUAUCUAUGACCUGUAAAUCUCACCUUGAUGAAGAGAAGGACAAACAGAAAAAUAAGGAGCUUGAAGAAAUGCUACGUGGAAAGAUGGCCAUGCAGGAAUACAAAAUGCCGAAUGAUGAAGAGGAUGAUGAAUUUCUACAGAAGUAUCGGAAACAAAGAAUAGAAGAGAUGAAAAAACAACUUUCUCAACCACAGUUAUUUAAAAAAGUGUUUGACAUUGCUAGUGGAGAAGAAUUUCUGGACACUGUGGACAAAGAACAUAUGAAAACACGUGUUUUAAUUCUGAUUUAUGAGGAUGAAGUUCCAGGGUCUGAGGCUGCAAAUGGCAGCAUAAUUUGUCUGGCAUCAGAGUACCCUGGCGUCAAGUUUUGUCGGGUGAAAAGCUCCCUCUUAGGGACCAGUGCAAAAUUCACCAAUUAUGCCCUGCCAGCCCUGCUUGUAUAUAAAGCAGGGGAACUAAUUGGCAAUUUUGUGAGGAUAACCGACCAACUUGGAGUGGAUUUUUUUGCUGUUGACCUGGAAGCAUUUUUGCAUGAGUGUGGGUUGUUACCAGAAAAGGAUAUUGUACCGACUUCAAUCUGUAAUCCGUCUAUUCAAGUGUAUAGUUCAGAUAGUGAUCUAGAUAUAGACUAAAACAUAUUUAUUGUAGUAUAGACCUUUUGGCAAAAUAAGGGAUGCAGGAAUCUUUUUGUAGGUUUGAAAUAUAAAAAGUACAUGGUUUAUUUGAGAAAACAAGAAUAGUCACCAUUAGCAAACAUGAAACAUGGUUCAUUGCAUCCUCUUAUCGAGCUGGAUGACAAGUAUCUUUGAUGGCAAUGAUGCUGUAAGAGACUGAUUCCUGCUAGACUAACUAUAUCUGACUUUCAGAAUAGAAUGAAAUUAGGGAGCAGUUUUAUAACAAAGGUGAAAAAGAGAAACAUUUCCAGCAGUAGCUACAAGCAAACAUGUAUUGAUGGCAAAGCCAUUCCAAAUAGAGAGUAGGCUCAGAACCCACCCUGCCUGGGAAAACUGAUCUUAAGGCUGAGGACAAAGACACUAUUUAGCAUAGCUGUGUACAUUUAAUGUUGUUGUACGUACACCUGUAGGUAAUUUGUGCUUAAGUAUUGGAAGAAUUUGUUGUUAGUCUCCUAGACCAGCUGACAAAGCUGGGGAAUGUGCUGUCACUUACCUUCUUUUUACCCACUUACCUUCUUUUUAUCAUACUAAAGAAAGUACUCUGAUUUUUGACACAAGCUUGAAAAAAAAGUAAUGGAACCUGUUUUAGCUUCUAAAUUAAAUAAAUGCAUUUUCUUGCA